AUGAGACUAGAACUCACCCCCGCUUUACUUCGAGAUCUAGAGGAGUUAUUUGCGAACGCCGACAAUUAUGAUGUAUCAAUACAAGUAGGGGAGGGUUCCGAGUCGAGGACAUUCCACGCACAUUCUGUCAUACUUCGGGCUCGAUCGCCCUACUUUAACGAAACAUUGUCGAAACAGAAUGCUUGUCCGUUUGGCGGGUUAACAGAUAAGCAAGUUGUUAACGUAAAAUUACACGAGCGUAUUCGUGCUUCAACCUUUGGCACGCUAUUAAAAUACAUAUACACAGGCAGAAUUACACUAUCCGAAUACACGGCAGACACGAUAUUCGAUAUUCUUCUCGCCGCCGAUGAUCUUUUCCUCGACGACCUCGUCGAUCAAAUCCAAGAUUAUCUCGUCACUCAACAAUCCAACUGGCUAAAAUUACGUUUUGUCCUCAUCAAUCGCACCGCGUUCGAGUAUAACCGUUUCCGCCACCUGCGAUCAUACUGUCUGAAACUGAUACGUGAAGAGCCAGGUGCCAUAUUCACGUCGUCCGACUUUCAUAGUCUAGACCGAGGCACGUUGGUUAGUUUGUUGAAGAGAGAUGAUUUGGCACUGGAGGAAGUUGAAAUUUGGAAUCGGCUGAUCAAGUGGGGAAUAGCACAGAAUCAAAUUCUUGCGAAAGACGUGUCAUGUUGGUGUCCAGAGGACUUUGUCGUAUUGCAGAACACGCUCAAGGAUUGCGUUGAACACGUGAGGUUUCUGAAUAUGUCGUCGGAAGAGUUUGCCAUUCAUGUGUUACCUUACGAAAGCAUUAUUCCUAGGCAAUUGUUUCGCGAUGUGUUCGCGUGUAAUAUGCAAAAGUCACAAUCGCUUGCUCUGGCAAAGUCGACUCGGAAGAAAUUGGGGUCUAUUGCCAACACGCCUCGAUUUUCCAAUAGAUGGAAUUCGGUGAUUAUUAAUUCUGAGCAGGCGGCAUGGAUAACUGCCUGUAUAGACAAACUGGAUAAAGGCGACUUGAAGUUUCAUCUCCGUAAGGCUGGAAUCGUCAAGAAUUCAUUCAAAUAUAGACUUCUGCUUCGUGGCAGUCGCGAUGGAUUCGACCAUCAAUCGUUUCACACGUUAUGCGAUGACCAGGGUGCGACUGUGAUUAUCAUCAAAGUAGCGGAAACUGGUGAAAUUCUUGGAGGAUAUAACCCAUUGCCAUGGAAUCAGUCUGUCAAUUGGGGCGAAACAGAGGACAGUUUUAUUUUUUCUUUCAAAAAUGAGCAUUCGAAAAAGGGAUUAUUGUCUCGUGUUAGGAAUGCCGACAGAGCCGUGUUUAAUGGAAGCACCAUAUUCGGUCCUUGUUUCGGUCAUGAAGAUCUGGUUCUCAAGGGAGAUUUCAGAGAUUUUCAAUGUUGUAAGAGGUCUGAUUAUUGUCUGGAAAUUAAGAAUUCCAGGGACUACUUUACGGUUGAAGAAUAUGAAGUAUUUGGGAUCGAGAAGAGAUCAAAGUGGUUCUUCUGA